GUGACCUGUGGAAUGUUAACAAUGCAGCGAGUGUCCAACUUUGUGCUGCAUUUCUGAUCCUGCCUGGAGUCUGGGGAGAAAAUGGAGGCUCAUUUCAUCAUAUUUAUACAGUCUCUCCGUCUUCACUGAGCUCUUCAGCUCUCUCUACGCGGCAGUUAAGCGAAAAGUCGUUUGACGGGAUUUAUUCUCCAUUCUGAGUUAUUCUCGCUACUUCUAUCACAUGGCGAACAUUGGCAGCAUCAUGGUUUGGCUCCGCGGUGCCCUCGUGACUGGAUGCAUUUCCUGGAAUAAGCUGGAACCUGAGCCUUGAAAGCCACACCAUGGAAUGCCUGUAGUACCACGCUUCACCUUGGUCCACCACACCAGCAUCAGCAGGAAUCACAAACACAAAGAGAGGCACAAACAAAUAAGGGAUACAAAGGAGGACUCCCAAAUCUGUCCCUCCCAUCUGGAGACUCUUUAUCUAUUUAGGUCAGCCAGCUUGAAAGGGGUCUCUUGGAGGGUGUAGGAGAGUCAGUGUAAAUUUGUGUGUGUGUGUGUGUUUCCGUGUUAGAGUAAGUGCCUGCUCUGGGCACUGAGGCCAUGAGGCCCAAGACUUUCCCAGCUGCCCCAUAUGUGGGCAACACACGCCAGAGGCUUCAGGAGAUCAAGGAGGGUCUGAAGCAGCCGGCCAAGCUGGUGAGCCAAGCGCUGCACGGGGCCAGCUCAAGGACAGAGGGCGGCAGAGGUUCCGACUCCAAGACCGGGAAAGACACAGCCAGUCGACAGCAGCAACUCAGACCCCCACAGAAGUUCAACAACUACCAGAGUGCCUUGCGAGAAAUCCGCAAGUCCCUCUUGCCCUUCGCCAAUGACUCGGGCCCAUCUUCCGGAUCAGGACACCCUGCGGGCGCCGGGGAAGUCAACCGGCAGAUGCUUCAGGAUUUGGUCAAUGCCGGCUGUGACCAGGAGAUGGCAGUGCGGGCACUGAAGCAGACAGGAAGUAGGAACAUCGAAGCAGCCUUAGAGUACAUCAGUAAAAUGGGUUACCUUGACCCCCGCAAUGAGCUCAUUGUUCGUGUCAUCAAGCAGACUUCACCAGGAAAAGCUGGCAUGCCAAACUCAAUGGACCACCGACCUACUUUAGAGGCUUCAGGUGAGGCAGGUGCCAUGCCUCCAUACCACCAGAUUGGUGGUCCUAUGUAUGAGGGUCCAGCUGGAUAUGGUCCUGAGGGAGAGAUGCCCAGACCCUACAUGAGCUCUCCUUCUGUAAUGAACUACAUGAUCCCCCCGUCUGGCACACCACAGGGCCCCGCCAUGGGAAACCCACUGGGUCGACCUCCCAGUCUGGGUGCCUAUCCAGCUGUGAUGGCCACCCAGGGAAAUCCAGCCAAUACCAUGUACCCUCCAGGAGCCCAACAGAAGGGCUACCCUGGCAGUAUGGAGCAGCAUGGGCCUAUGAUGAGCUACAGUGUCCCAGGCCAGCCUCUGCAACUUCAGCCUCAGCCACCAGGGGGCCCUGUCCCAGGCCCCCACUAUGACUAUGGCCAUGCCAGGCCACACAUGAUGGAGCCUGCGGGCUAUGGAGUCAAGAGGACUGCCUCCUUCCAGAACAAGAUGGCACCGCCCCCCAUGGCACCCCCAGACAAUUAUGUCAACAUGCAGGGAAAAGGAGCCAUGGGCCAAAGCGGUCCUGGAGGGGCAGGGGGAGGGUACCCUGCUAACCUGUACCUGCCCCCUCACUCCCACCCACGUCAGGCCAGCCCCACAUCCCACCAGGUUCACAUGAUGUCCCGUUCCCCAGGUGGGGUGGCACAGAUGGGCCCUGACUUCUCUGAUAUUCCCCAGGGCCUAAUGACACCAUCCAGGGCCAGCCUCAACCUGGACCUGUAUGAGCACCACUGGGCAGGCCCUCCGGGUCCUGAAGGGGCCCCUCCAGCAAGACAACCCCAACCCCAGGGCCCAUUCAGGGCAGAGGUGCGUGUCCCCAGCAGAACCAACUCCUUCAAUAGUCGCUCUGCAGGACCCAAUGGUGUCCGGCCAGCGAUGACAGCACCCCCCACAGCAGGCAAACAAGACCCCUCCAUGGGCACUCCAAACACCAUUACAGCUGUAACAUCUCCCCCUAUCCAGCAGCCGGUCAAGAGUAUCCGUGUGAUGAGGCCAGAGCCCAAGACGGCUGUUGGGCCCUGUCACCCCAGCUGGAUGACUGCUCAGGCCCAGGAUGCAGGUGAGCCUCUGGCCUACAUGGCAGAGGAACCCUACUCUCUGGAGCCUGCUCAGGAACCACGUUGCCCACCACCACCUUACCCCAAAAACCUGCUUAUGUCUGGGGUGACUGGUGAGCCAGGGGCCCUGGAAGGACCUGGAGCCAUGUGUGGAGCUCAGGACAUCAGCAACUCUGCUGCUAGAAGCACACACAGUGGGAGUGGAGGGAGUGGAAAGGCUGAGGAGACCCAGCAGGUCAAAGAGAAGACGAAGAUGGGCAAGGGGGAAAAAUCAGUGAAAGACAAAAAACAGAUCCAGACGUCACCUGUUCCGGUGAGGAAGAAUGGGCGUGAUGAGGAGAAGAGAGAAUCACGGAUCAAGACCUACUCACCUUUCGCUUUCAAGUUCUACAUGGAGCAGCACAUAGAGAAUGUGAUGAAGACCUAUCAGCAAAAACUGAACCGCAGGCUUCAGCUGGAACAAGAGAUGUCCAAGGCUGGCCUAUCAGAAGCAGAGCAAGAACAGAUGAGGAAGAUGUUGAACCAGAAAGAGUCCAACUACAACAGGCUACGCCGUGCCAAAAUGGACAAGUCCAUGUUUGUCAAAAUCAAGACGCUGGGCAUAGGUGCUUUUGGUGAAGUGUGUCUUACACGUAAGGUGGACACUGGCGCACUUUAUGCCAUGAAAACACUGCGCAAGAAAGACGUCCUCAAUCGUAAUCAGGUAGCCCAUGUGAAAGCAGAACGUGACAUUCUGGCUGAGGCAGACAACGAGUGGGUGGUGCGUCUCUACUAUUCCUUCCAGGACCGUGACAGCCUCUACUUUGUCAUGGACUACAUCCCCGGAGGAGACAUGAUGAGCCUGCUAAUUCGAAUGGGCGUCUUCCCUGAAACUCUGGCACGCUUCUAUGUGGCAGAGCUGACACUGGCCAUCGAGAGCGUCCACAAGAUGGGCUUCAUCCACCGUGACAUCAAGCCUGACAACAUACUCAUUGACCUGGACGGACACAUCAAGCUGACGGACUUUGGACUGUGCACAGGCUUCCGCUGGACGCACAACUCCAAGUACUAUCAGAAAGGAAGCCACAUCAGACAAGACAGCAUGGAGCCAAGCGACUUCUGGGAUGACGUGUCGAACUGUCGCUGUGGCGACCGACUGAUGACACUGGAGCAGCGUGCCAACCGGCAGCAUCAGCGCUGCCUGGCUCAUUCACUGGUGGGAACGCCUAACUACAUCGCACCAGAGGUGCUGCUGCGCAAAGGUUACACCCAGCUGUGUGACUGGUGGAGCGUGGGAGUGAUCUUGUUUGAAAUGCUGGUGGGACAGCCCCCCUUCUUGGCCCCCACACCUACCGAGACUCAGAUCAAGGUCAUUAACUGGGAGAGCACUCUGCAGGUGCCUGCCCAGGUCAAACUGAGCCCAGAGGCCAUAGACAUCAUCGGCCGCCUCUGCUGCUCUGCAGAGGAUCGUCUGGGUGCCAAUGGUGCUGGCGAGAUCAAGGCUCACCCAUUUUUCAGCCAGGUGGACUUCUCCAGCAAUCUGAGGCAGCAACCAGCCCCCUAUCGGCCCAAGAUCGCCCACCCGAUGGACACGUCCAACUUUGACCCUGUGGAGGAGGAAGGAGGUCCCGGGGCGUGGAGUGACAGCGGGGACAGCACCCGGACCUUGGACAUGCUUUGUUCUCCGCAUGGGAAGCACCCAGAGCACGCUUUCUAUGAGUUCACUUUCCGCAGAUUCUUUGAUGACAACGGCUGCCCUUUCCGCUACCCUAAGCCUCUCGAAGAAAGCGAGUUGCCACCAAGCAUCACAGGAGCUACCUGCAUGGGCCCAGAAGAGGAGGACGAGCAAGAAGAGGAGGAAGAGGAAGAUGAAGAGGAGGAGGGAGAGCAGGGGGAAGGAUGUGAGCCUGUGUAUGUUUAGAGUUGCCGACUGAACGGUGUGUGUCUGUUACUGUUGACUCACAACCCUCCCAUCUGCUACUGCUCUUCUUCUGUGUAUGUGUGUAGAGGUGUGCAUGCUACAGAAGUGUGUCUGUGUGUAUUUAUGCAUAUCUGGCAUGUGAAAUUGUUAAGUUGCGGGGGCAUGACCGAUGAACAUCGCCACCCUGGGGAAUUUAUAGCGCUUCUACACUGACUUCAAAUUCAAAACUCCCCUGAUCCGGGACCAAGAAACAACAUUCUGUAUAUGACUGGGUGCACCAAGGGUGAAGCGUAUGUGGUUAGAAGAACAAGACUCAGCAACUCUAAAGGUUGAAAGGAGAUUGGGAAUGUAAGGAUAUCUGGACUGCAGACAAGAUUUCGAAUUCGAGGACUGCUUGCAGUUCUUCCAGCGGUUUCUUGUCCGAUUCCUUUAACCCUUGGUCUUACGGAGGACUGAAACACCAUCAUGGUGAUCUUCUAGCCCAGGGGCUACUUCCUGUUCUACCUGAGCUGCUUUAAACUCAAAUAUUGGACACGGCAGUGUGAUGAGUGGAACCAGUUUACUAAUUGAUUGCUGGGGUGGGGGUGGGGGGGCUCUUUCACAGCUGCUGCAAAAUAAGCUACAAAGACGCAUGCAUGUGCACACACUCACGCACACUUAAUCAGUACAGGUCAAGCUCUGUCAUAAAGAGUAAAAUAGGUGUUGGUCUCUUCACUCUAUGUGUUUUUGUUUAAAUUUCUGUAUUUGAUCCAAAAAAAAUUUGAAUCAGAUUUACCAAACAAAAUAUUUUGGGUUGCCCCAUCUGUCUUAAAUAUCCACAGCUGCCUUAUUUUGUGCCAAGUCUUCGUUCAGUUUAAUAUUUUCCUUCUCUUCUCAGAGGUCGCUGUUACAAAUAUCCUUGUGUUAAUGAUUUUCUACUUUAACUGACCAUUUCAAAGCUUGUCUCCAAAAAGGUCCUUAACCCCUACUGACACUAAGGGAGUAAAGUUCAGGCUGGGCUCUAACAAUCAAGCCCAGUUCUGUUUUAGCCUGAUCUGAGACUGAACCACUGUAGCAUAUGUUGAGCCUUAUUAAAACCAGACAUUUCACUGUCAGUCUGACAUGCGGUGAAUUUCUGCUCAUAAAUUACAGGAAGAGCUGGAUCAGAUGAGGAAUGUUCCUGCCAUCAAAUACUAAUUCUUGUUGUUAGCACUGCACACAGUUUCCUGUGCCUUGUUUUAGGAAAAGAAAAACCACACCUGACUCAAGAAAAUUAAGAGAAAUCAAAGACAGAGCGGGACAGGCCUGAACCUGUCAUGUUGAAUGGGACUGAGUUGCUUUCUGACUAAGAAUCAAAGCUCUAAUACACACAAACACACACCCAUUAACUAAGAUACAUAAGUGUAUAGCUGUUUUGCAAAGAUCAGUCCCACAGUUGCUUAACCAGCCUCCCCUCUCUUCUGGAGGAAGUCUGAAAACAAAGCAACAUUUUCUUACAGCAGCAAACGUGAUAGUAUGACUAUGUGCAAUACAAAAAAUACAUUAUAUAUAUAGUUUUCUAAACACUUAAUAUCCUUUUGAAUGUUUAGUACUGAAAUGUACAAAUAUAUUGGUUUAUAUAUAUUUUCUCUUUUCUCUUACAACAUGCUGCUUAAUAUUGUGGUUAAUAUUAUUUACAUUGUUGUUGUUACAUGUGUGCCUGGUUUCUUUUGGCGUGGCUUAAAGAAGUGUCGGCUUCUUUGCCAAGUGUGCUUGGGGUUUGAAAGUAAUGAGCCUUGUGCCUUUCUUAUUGAAUGUUGGGGCACGUGACGAAGGAGGAGACAGCGAUGGUGACGAUCAGUGUUUGCAGAAUAUCGACUCCUCACCUUCUGCAGCUGGGCUGGUCCUGAGUGCAGGGGGGAGGGGGGUGGUGUAAAGGGCUCUGGGUCAGGAAGAGAUGGAGGAGAGUAGAUAAAAAUUAGAGAAAGAGCUGGAGUGAGGCAGGUUGGAUUCAGGAAAUGUAAUUUGUUAAAAUGGAUUAAAUAGCUUUCUUUGUUUUACAACACCACAAAUGGUUAAACUUCAACAAAGAGUUACUGUUUGGUACAUCUUUAUUUUCCAAAAUGACCACAAGUUUAAGUGUUGAUUAACGCUGUCUUUUUACUUCAGACCUGUGCCGUGCUCUGUAUUGGAGCUCUGCUGCCCAGCAGAUGACAUUAUCAUCCAGUAUCUUCUUGCUUAUUGACAAUCAGUAAACAGUAACUUCUCUCUGUGUCAAACUGCACUGUUUGGUCAGUUCAUACCAAACUGUUCCAACAGUAUUUUGAAUUUGACUUAAUGACUGGGAAUGCUACAGAAGUCGGAAUUUUUUAGUGAUUCUCUGAUGCAUAACUGGCAGAAUAAUGUUUUGUGUUUUUUUUUUUUUUUUAUUUUAAUUUUAUUUUGCUUGACAGUGUAUUUAAAGUAUGUUUUUCUGUAAAUGUGCCUUGUGUUCAAAAGUGAGCAGCACAAUCUUAAAAGAUUACCUUCUUAUUAUCAUCUCUUUUUCACAGACAUCUUUUACCUGUUGUUAUUAUUUUUCUUGAUCUGGGGAAGUUGACUGAGCAUGCUCCAUUUCACACACUGGCUUUGUUUACAAGUACGAACAAUUUUCUCUUUAUUUUCAUCAGUAACUGAUACUAAAACAAGUUAGAUGAAGCAGAUGUUUAAUGAAAGUUGGCACAACAGUAAAUGACAAUUGCUGACAUCAAAGACUGAUGAGAUGUGUAAUCUGAAAGGUGUCUUUUUCCCUUAAAGGGACAAUUCACCCCAAAAUUAAAAUUGCACAUUUUUCCUCUUACCUGUAGUGCUAUAGAUUGUUUUGGUGUGAGUUACAGAUUUUUGGAGAUACCAUCUGUAGAGAUGACUUCUUUCUCUUGAGUACAAUGAAACUGAUGGCACUUUGCUUUUGAUGAAGUGCCAAAAAAGUAAUGUCUCUUUCUAGAAAUCAUGACCCAGUUAUUCAGGAUAGUUUGCAGACCUUGUUGCAGUUUCAUGUUGUAACUGUUUUCUUUCUAGUCAACUAGAGCGUAUCACCGUCCAGAAGGAAAUGUGCAUCUACUUAUUGACAAGAGGCAUGUUGCUUGUGAUAUUGCAAACAUGAAUCUGAUCCUGCUUGACUGAGCUGUAAUGUUAGCUAGCUUAGUUAGCUUAGCUAGCCUCUGCAACAAACAACAAAACAAUCCAAAUCGAUGAAUAGUACUACAUGUAAGAGGAAACAUGUAUUUUUGAUUUGAGGAUGAACUGUCCCUUUACAGUCACAUGGAAACACCAUGUAGAUGGCAUUUUUUCUAUAGCUCUGGCUGCAGCAUUAGGAAAGGGAAACAGGACACACUGUAUGAUGUUACAACUCAGGCCAUGUUUAAAUUUAAAAGCUGCUGGGGUUUUUUUUAGAUUGAAGUAGAUUCUUCAUAUAUUUAAAUUUUAUAUCACAGAUUGACAGAUAUAAGAUUUUUUUGUUACAAUGUGUUUUAAUUGUGGCUUUAAGUGGACAAAAUCCAGUACCCUGCAUGUAGUAAUCAUUGCCAGUGUUGCCUGUGAGCUGCCCAUUGUCUUCUACAGAGCAGCAAAUACAAAUGCUCAAGAUGCCUUUCUUGAUCAUUGAGAUUAAGGCAGACAGGUGCUGCUCUUUCACUCUUCCCCAGUCAGUUUUCCUUUGAGCUGGUCCAGACUAGAUGUUCUUCCAGAUCUCCAAACCUCUUGUUAACCGCAUGGCCAAUCUACAUCAAUCAGGUUGGACUGCUUCGUAAAAUAUAGCUUUAUAAGGAGGGCCACUGUUCUCUGCAGAGUGUGUGAGUUCCACAGUGUGUGUGUGAGGUGUUUCCUGGAUGUGUUUUUUGCUUUCUGUUUCUAAGGUUAGAAAGUGAUGACUGACAAUCUUUGACUGACUUGAUAUUCUGCGAUCCUAUUUCUUCACAAACUUUUUUGUGUAUCCUUUUCAUUUUGUAUUUUUACUCUAAGGAGCAUCUUGUUGUCGUUGAUGUUCCUUAAUGUAUGAUGCAAUUCUGUUACUCUUGAAUUUAUAUUUAUACAGAUAUACAUAUUUUUUGUACCCCACCCCUCCCUUUUUUUCAUUUUUUCUUGUGCUAAUGGUCAAAACUCCAUGUCUACGCAGUAUUAUAGAUAAUGUAAUGUGGACAUCUAUCUCUUUUUUUACAUUUAUGUAUGAACUGAGAAUUUGUAAAAAUGCUUUCACAGUCUUUGUGUGUAAAAUGUAUGUACAAAUUAAAUUAACCAACUUGG